AUGCCGAUGUCAAUGUCAGGACAUCUAGGUUUCACCGCUUUGUACAUGGCAGCACAAGAAAAUCACAAGGCAAUAGUCAAGCUUUUGUUAAAUAAAGGAGCCGAUCCUCUAGUAUGCACCAAUGAUGGCUUUCAAGCUUUGGAUGUUGCUAAACAAUUAGGAAAUCAUGACGUUGUCUCUAUUCUAACACGGCAUGCUUUCCACCCUUUGCAAAGCACUAAAUACAGCAGUUUACUUAGAUCCAAUUCUUUAUCGAAAGUUCAUGCAGCUGCUAAAAGAAAUGAUGUUCUAGUUAUAAAUGCAUUGUGUCAUGAUGGAUUCAGCAUCAACUCACAAACAAAAGCCUAUCAAACAGAAGGCUACAAUGGAAGUAGCGAUAGCAAACGAGACUACUGCAAAGAUUUAUCAGAAAACCUGAGUACAAAGGACGAUAAAAACGCAAAGUCUGGAAACAUGGAGAUACAGGAUGUUAGAGUAAAUUGCAUGACGGAUAGCAAAGGCGUCAUUGUUUUAGACCCAGAGAGAAAAGAAAAAUUAUGGAAAAACUGUUAA